GGUUCAAGCUUUGUUUGGAAAGUGACGACCAAAACAGUGCAGUAAACGAGUCUGAACCCGAUGCGUCACGGCCGACUCUGUUUCUGACAGUUUCACAAUCUAAUUUAGUAUAUUUUGUACAAAAGUGUUUUAACAUAGUACGAUCAAGAUGACAGUGACUUUGUUUUUAUCAACAAGUAGGUAGCGAAUACCGAUCAUGACCGAAGUGUCAGCUUGUUUGGGUGCAAAGCAGCAGCGGAUGCGGGUCGCACACACGGAUCCCUCACACCCUGAUCUCACCUGUGGCUUUACGGAGCAGUUUUAAUCUCUAUACGCGAUGGAAAGCGUUGGAAAAUACGAAUUCAGCAGGAAGGACUUGAUAGGACACGGCGCUUUUGCUGUGGUAUUCAAAGGAAGACAUAAACAGAAACAUGAUUUUGAAGUGGCGGUGAAAUGCAUUAACAAGAAAAACCUCGCCAAAUCACAGUCGCUACUAGGAAAAGAAAUCAGGAUAUUAAAGGAGCUGAAACAUGAGAACAUUGUCAGCUUACUAGACUUUCAGGAGAUAUUGGGAUGUGUCUAUCUUGUCAUGGAGUACUGCAAUGGAGGAGACCUAGCCGAGUAUUUACACUCUAAAGGCUCUCUGAGCGAGGACACGAUCUGUGUGCUGCUGCAGCAGCUGGCGGGAGCCAUGAGUGUUUUAAGGAGUAAAGGCAUCAUCCACCGUGACCUGAAGCCCCAAAACAUUCUCAUUUCAUACAGCACAGGGCGCAGGUCCAACCCCAACAACAUCUGCAUCAAACUGGCUGAUUUUGGCUUUGCACGGUAUCUGCAGGGAAACACAAUGGCUGCUACGCUCUGUGGUUCUCCAAUGUACAUGGCUCCUGAGGUCAUCAUGUCACAGAAUUAUGAUGCCAAAGCUGACCUGUGGAGUGUAGGGACCAUCAUCUACCAGUGCUUGACUGGCAAAGCCCCAUUUCAGGCAAGUACUCCUCAGGAACUGCGGCAGUUCUAUGAAAGACACCAGAGCCUGAGUCCCAGUAUUCCACGGGAAACCUCCAGUCACCUCAGGCACCUUCUACUUGGGUUGCUGCAGAGGAACCACGGGGAACGCAUGGACUUUGAUGAAUUUUUCCAUCAUCCUUUCCUGGAGGCCAGUACAUCCAUGAAGAAAUCUUCUCCAGUGCCCAUGCCCACCUAUCCCAGCUCUGCCUCUGGGAGCUCCAGCAGUGGUUCUUCAACCUCUCGCCUCACUCCUACUCAGUCUGAAACUGAAGCUCCAAGGCCCCUCCCUCAAACAAACCCCACACCAUCUCCAGGUUCCCUGCUCAAAGACUCAUCUUCCUCAGAGUCUGAUGACUUCGUAAUGGUGCCGGCUCAGUUCACCAGUGAACUAGUCAGUGCAGGAGGGCAGGACUGUCUGAUGCGCAGCGGAAGCUCACUGCCAGGUGUGGGUCGGAUACCAUCAUCCUCCCCAUCUGUCAGAGCCUCUCCAAGCCCUUCCAGGCCUCUGGAGUCAUGUGUCAGUAGUUACGCUCAGUCUGUGCCUGUUCCAGUGCCGACGCAAAAACUCAACUACCAGAGGAUGGAGCAGAACCUACAAGUGUCUGACAGGACAGCAGCACCUGUACAACACGUGCCAACAUGUGGGAGAACCGGGGCUUCUCCAGAAUCAGGAGGAUCCAGACCGUAUCUACCAUCCCCACAGGUGGGAAAUGUUCCUGAAACACCCAAUCAGCCUGAACCUGUUGGCAGUAGGACAGGGUUGCAUGCUGCAGAUGUGUGUAAACAGCCUGGUCAGGUCUCUCCUCUCUUCACUGACAUCACAGCCAUGGACAAAAACCAAACCCACAGACUCGGGGGUCAUCGACACAAUCCAGAAUCCGUCGUGCACAGAUGGGAUCUGUAUCGGCGGCCCAUCUCCGGUCAAACUCCAAGUACAGCGCUGGUUCAGAGAGGCCUGAUCACCCGAAACAAAACCAUGUCUGACCUAAAAGAUCUGGCACUGUACCCGGCUACAGGGCCCCGUGUGCCACUUCUCAGGCCAGCGGAAAGAAGGUACACAGUCAAAAGGUCAUUAAGUACCGGCCGUCUCUCAGAUAAGCUGCUGAAGGCUGUGUUUGGACAUCAGUUUGACAGGGGCAGCUGUGAGAGCUUAAAUUCAGGGAAACCCAUGGACACAACAGCACCCCCUGGUGGCAGUGAUGGCACAGAGCAGGGCUCAGGCAGUCCUGCUGGAGUUGUGUUCAUUCUGUGCUCUCCUGAAUAUGGACACACACCUCCUCAUGCCACUCGACGUAGACGCUUCUCAGUGGGCACUCUCAGCCCAACAAGCCCUGGCUGGACCUACGGUCAUGUGCACGAGGCUUACAGCUUGCCUGACAGUCUGCGCUAUGGUUACACCGAUGCCAUGGCAACAAACCUAUGCGAGGGUGUGGCCUUUGUGCCACCUGAACUGCCAGAGGAGACGAUUAUGGAGGAGGGACAUACGGACUUGCUGAGCCAACUGCGCUUCAUUCUAGCCUUUUCCCACUGCGUCACAGAGAUCGCUAGAACAAAGGACAGUGGGAUUGAAAGGAAUGUGGCAGUUGAUGCUUCAUUCUUAGAGCAGAGCGUGGUGGCCGACCAGGUCAGCCUGCUGAGCCAUGAGUGGAGCUCUGCAGAGCAGCUGGUCCUCUAUAUGAAGUGUGCUGAGCUGCUGUCCUCUGCGCUUCACACAGCGAUGGCUGGGAUCAAAGAAGGCAAACUCUUCCCAUCAGGAUCUGUUAAACAAGUAGUACGUAAGCUGAACGAGAUGUAUAAGAAGAGUGUGAACUCCUGCCGUUCUCUCACUGAGAAACUCCAGCUCUUCUUCAGCAGUAAACAAAGACUGAUGGACCGCAUCAACAGCAUUACUGCUGAGAGACUCAUCUACACACACACCAUUCAGAUGGUACAGACAGCAGCACUGGACGAGAUGUUUCAUCACGGAGAAACCUCUGUAGAGCGAUACCAUAAGGCCUUACUGCUGAUGGAGGGCCUGUCCUUAAUUAUUACAGAGACUGCAGAUCUAAACAGUAUCAACAAAUGUAGACAGUGUAUUGAGCGGCGGCUCUCCUCCCUCCAGCCCAAAGGAUGUGUGUGAUGAAACCAACAACAACUACAUCUCAUUUCAUCCCAGAUGCCUUUUGAAAUUCUGUCAAAGGAAAAACUCAUACUCACUCAUUAAAAAUGUGAUACUUGGCUUCCAAAGCCAAAAAAAGGUGAGAAAAGACUUUUUCAUAAUAGACAAAGAUAAAAUCUCUAUUGAUGUAUGUGUAUAAACAGAAGCAACAUCUAUGACUUAAACAUCUAUUUUGUUAACUGUCAAAGAAUAUUGAGUGAAACAGAAUCAAGAUGGCAUCAUUGGUUGAAUAGAUGUCUUGUUUAAAUGCUUUGACCUCUGAAUCUACACCAAUGCAUGAUGGCACUUAAUAAGAGAUUAAUUUAAUCUUAGUACUACAAUGUUAAAGCCAGUGUUGGAGUCUGAAUGAGUAGCUUGGAUGCUUUUCAUUCAGUCGUACCAAAACAUGCCCGUAGCAUUAGUCUUAUGAAGUUACAUGGAAUGAUCCUGCUUUUGAUGGACUUAUUCUGCAUGUUUCUUGCAUGGUUCUGAGGAAAUGAUCGUUAUCUGCUGUAUCUGAAGGGAAUUCAUAAUAAUGAAUAAUAAUUAAACUUCUGUAGCAACCAAACCGUUGUUGAAAUAGCAGUCGGCGGUGGAUGUGUAGUAUUCAGUGUUACAUCUGUAUGACUCUGUGGCAAUUGACCAAAAUUGUGGCAAACCUUUGUUGACCUACUGAUAAAGACUGUCAGUUUCAUAUGUUGUCAUAUGAAGAUGGAAAAAAUACUUGAGAUUUGAAUUAUAUGAACUAUCAUACUGUUAGUCAUAUGUGUGUGUGAAACAGUGAAGCACUUUAUAAACCCAUUUGCCUUCUGGGUGCCUGAAAAGAACCACUGCAGAGACAAGCCUAAUGGCUCAUUUCGGGUUAAUUAACACCUGAAAGUCAAAGGAAAUGCAAUACAAAGACAGUCAGUAUCUUGUGUGUAGCAUUUUAUAUUUAUCUGUUUUACCUGUCAGUCUGAAAAUGAUGUUUUAGUUUUCAGUUUGCUUUAGAAUCUAUUGCAAGUAAAGGACUUUUGCACAAUUUGCUGGGAUGACUUAGUCUUUGGUUUUUGUAGUGAUUUGAGAGUGCCUUAAAUGACCUAGCUUGUUUAAUCUCGCUGGACACUCUGAGACUUGCAAUCUGUUAUACUUCCAGCAUUUUCAUAUCAUAUUCAUUCAUUACUUGCACUAUUUUUUGCAUUUUCCAAUGGCGAUAACUCUUAACUCUUUUUUUUUUUUACCCUAUCUGAUAAUAGUUUCAUAUCAAGGUAUUUUUAAGGCAUUUAGUCAGAAUUGUGUGUGGUAGAAUGGUUGUGAUAGAUGCACAUGAACAUUUUAAAAUAACAGUGAUGUUAAAUUGAGGACAAUUAAAUAUUUUGUAUAUGUUGUUGUUACGAUAUUUAUGAUGUUUUCUGGUAUCUUUGUCUUUUUAUUUCCAUUUUCAAAGCCAAAAUCAAACAUAUGUGCAGAAUGCGUGUGGUAUGGGGGUGUGUAAUUU